CUUUCAGUUACGUUUCGACGGCCAACGCGUCGAGUGCUCUGCUUGCUGAGAGAAAAAAAUAAAAAGAGACAGCAGAAGUGGUUCUUCUUCUUACUCGCAUUCUCUCGCGCUCUCUUCACCGUCUGUGUUAACGGUCGUGGCGCGUCGUGUGCGUGUGUGUUAGUGUGCCAGUUAAACAAUGAGAAAUUGAUUCACACACUAAAACAGCUUGAAAAAACACCAGACGCAGAGUGUUAAUCAAAAUACAAUAAUUUGUGCAAUCUCGAGCAACGAAAACAAACUGAAAUUUUUUAAACAUUUUUUUCGUGUGCAUCCGUAAACAAACCAAAGAAGUUAAAACGAGAGCAAUUUGCGAGCGAAAAACCUAGAAAACUACUACAACUGCAAAAUCAGCGAUAAAAAUGGGUGAACUGCCGCUAAAUUCAGUCGGCGUCUUUUUGGCCCUGCUCCUCUGCAGCUGCUUUUUAAUAGAUCUGACCAGUGCGCAGUCUCCCAUCCUGGAGAUUUAUCCCAAACAAGAAGUCCAGCGCAAGCCAGUUGGCAAGCCCCUGAUCCUCACCUGUCGACCCACUGUUCCCGAGCCGUCCCUGGUUGCCGAUCUGCAAUGGAAGGAUAACCGGAACAACACCAUUCUGCCCAAGCCGAAUUACGAUCCACUGUAUGAUUCCAAGGGCAAUAGAAAGAAAGAGAAUGGACGCAACCAGCCGCCGAUGUACACGGAAACGCUGCCCGGCGAAAGUUUGGCCCUGAUGAUUACCUCGCUGUCGGUGGAAAUGGGCGGCAAGUACUACUGCACCGCCUCCUAUGCAAAUACGGAGAUCCUCGAGAAGGGCGUCACAAUUAAAACUUACGUGGCCAUUACCUGGACAAAUGCACCGGAGAAUCAGUAUCCCACUCUUGGCCAAGACUACGUGGUAAUGUGCGAGGUUAAAGCCGAUCCCAAUCCAACAAUCGACUGGCUGCGCAACGGAGACCCGAUCCGCACGACCAACGACAAGUAUGUGGUGCAAACCAAUGGCCUGCUCAUCCGCAAUGUCCAGGAAAGUGACGAAGGUAUCUACACAUGCCGAGCGGCCGUCAUCGAAACUGGUGAGCUAUUGGAACGCACCAUUCGCGUGGAGGUCUUCAUUCAGCCGGUGAUCGUAUCGCUGCCCACCAAUCUGGAGGCCGUCGAGGGCAAACCCUUUGCAGCCAAUUGCACAGCGACAGGCAAGCCAGUUCCGGAGAUUAGCUGGAUUCGCGAUGCCACACAACUGAACGUGGCGACCGCCGAUCGCUUCCAAGUGAAUCCCCAAUCUGGCCUGGUUACCAUCAGCUCCGUUAGCCAAGAUGAUUACGGAACAUACACAUGCUUGGCCAAGAACAAGGCCGGUGUAGUGGACCAGAAGACCAAGCUGAAUGUUUUGGUGCGUCCGCAGAUCUAUGAGUUGUACAAUGUGACCGGGGCCAGGACCAAGGAGAUUGCCAUAACCUGCCGUGCCAAAGGACGUCCGGCACCGGCGAUUACCUUCCGACGUUGGGGAACCCAGGAGGAGUACACCAACGGGCAGCAGGAUGACGAUCCACGCAUCAUUUUGGAGCCAAAUUUCGAUGAGGAGCGUGGCGAGAGCACCGGCACCCUUCGCAUCGCCAAUGCCGAACGUUCCGACGAUGGACUUUACCAAUGUAUUGCCAGGAACAAGGGAGCCGAUGCCUACAAAACCGGACACAUUACCGUUGAGUUUGCUCCGGACUUCAGCCACAUGAAGGAUUUGCCUCCGGUUUUCUCGUGGGAGCAGCGCAAGGCGAAUCUCAGCUGCCUGGCCAUGGGCAUCCCGAAUGCCACAAUUGAAUGGCACUGGAAUGGUCGCAAGAUCAAGGAUCUGUACGACACCAACUUGAAGAUUGUCGGCACUGGACCCCGCAGCGAUUUGAUUGUGCAUCCAGUAACGAGGCAGUAUUACUCAGGCUACAAGUGCAUUGCGACCAACAUCCAUGGCUCCGCCGAACACGAUAUGCAACUGAAGGAGGCACGUGUGCCUGAUUUUGUGUCCGAAGCAAAGCCCAGUCAACUGACCGCCACCACGAUGACCUUCGACAUUCGCGGCCCAUCAACCGAACUGGGUCUGCCCAUUCUGGACUACAGUGUGCAGUACAAGGAGGCCCUGAAUCCGGACUGGUCGACGGCCUAUAACCGCAGUUGGUCACCCGAUUCACCGUACAUUGUUGAGGGACUGCGACCACAGACGGAGUACAGCUUCCGAUUCGCCGCUCGCAACCAGGUGGGAUUGGGAAAUUGGGGCGUCAAUCAGCAGCAGUCCACACCCCGUCGAUCGGCCCCCGAGGAGCCCAAGCCAUUGCAUAACCCCGUCCAGCACGACAAGGAGGAGCCGGUGGUCGUGUCGCCCUAUUCCGAUCAUUUUGAGCUGCGCUGGGGCGUGCCCGCUGACAAUGGAGAGCCUAUUGAUAGGUACCAGAUCAAAUACUGUCCGGGCGUUAAGAUCAGCGGCACCUGGACGGAACUGGAGAACUCCUGCAACACCGUCGAGGUGACGGAGACCACAUCCUUCGAGAUGACCCAGCUGGUGGGCAACACCUACUAUCGCAUCGAACUGAAGGCGCACAACGCCAUCGGCUAUUCCUCGCCUGCUUCCAUUAUCAUGAAGACGACACGAGGAAUUGACGUCAUCCAGGUGGCUGAGCGACAGGUGUUCUCCUCGGCGGCCAUCGUAGGCAUCGCACUCGGCGGGGUCCUCCUGCUCCUGUUCGUGGUCGACCUCCUCUGCUGCAUCACCGUCCACAUGGGCGUCAUGGCCACCAUGUGCCGCAAGGCCAAGCGAUCGCCCUCCGAGAUCGACGACGAGGCCAAGCUGGGCAGUGGCCAGCUGGUAAAGGAGCCACCGCCGUCGCCGUUGCCACUGCCGCCGCCCGUCAAAUUGGGCUGUUCGCCCAUGAGCACGCCAUUGGACGAAAAGGAGCCGCUACGCACGCCAACCGGCAGCAUCAAACAGAACUCGACCAUCGAGUUCGACGGGCGAUUCGUGCACUCACGCAGUGGUGAGAUAAUCGGGAAGAAUUCGGCGGUGUAAGGAGGGUAUCCACAGCACCUGGAACUGCAGUGUCCGACCACAAUGUGCACAAAAUAAAGAGGGAAGGGAAGAUAUAUGAAAAUAUAUAUGUAUGAUGAUCUAGAAGCGAGAACAAGCCAAAGCCAAAGCUGGGGGAAGAGCACUUGAAUAUCGAUCGAUUGACACACUAAGUUGGUUUUAAUUUACUUUCGUACACAGCGUAAAUCUUACUAAAUGUCUUACUAUAAUGCAUACGAUAUCUUAACAACAUCUAAAACCUAGCACAUUAAGCUCGAAAAACCAGCAAGCAUACAAAGAAAGAAAUAACUCAAUGUCGCUUCAUUUUCUAGUUUAAGCAAGUAUUUUAUACCGCUGCAUUUGCUUUGUUUUUCCUUAGUCCAAAAAAAUGUCACAAAUGAAAACGAGAAAUUACAAAUAACAAUGAACGAUGAACAAAGCAGGAGAAGUAAAUGAAUAUAAAAGAGAUGAUAAGAAAAGGUCCUAAGCCUAAGUUAUAUAUAUGAAUGUAUGCAAGAAAGAAAUCUUAAAUUAAUGCCUUACAAACAAAAAAUUACAAUUAUUUAGCAGCUAAAGCGCAGAGGAGGGAUUUAUGCAUGUAAGCCGCAAGAAAUGAGAUCGAUUUCUUUAGUAUAACUAACUUAAACAUGCCAUAAAUAAGAUUUAACAUUAAGUUUGUCCCUGAUUAUCAUCCCCCACCAAUUCGUAGUACUUAAAACGCUAAACAAAAGACUUGCGAGCAUUUCUUUCCACAAAACCAUGCGAUUGGAUAGCUUAAAGGUAGAACAACAAAAGAAUGGACUUGAAUACUUAGUUGAUAUCGAAAUCCUUGGUUUCCUACUGCUAAUUCUUAUACUUAACCACCAGCAAGUGUAACCCACAGGCGGCACUUAAUGAAUAAUGCUCAAUGUACAUUAAUGUUGAAGAAAUUGAAUACAUAUUUGAAAAUGUUUACAAAUUGCUUAGCUGCUUGACCAACGGAAAUAAGCACCCCGAGGCAACUCCACAUCCGUUUCGUAACACAAAAGAUCGAUCUUGGUAAGACCACCUGCUAAGUUGUAGAGAAAUCUGAGAACCAGACAGGCGAUUGCCAGACAUUAACAACCUUUCAUAACCUUUCAUCCCACUUCCAUCGAACAACCGCAAAUCGCUCAGUUUUGUGUUAAAAGUAUUUUCUUAUAUAUGUAAAAAUUAAACAAAUUGUAGUUAAGAGAUCUGAAACGCAUUAAUCUAACGGAUAUAUAAAUCUAAAAAUAUAUAUAUAUAUGUAUGUACAUGUAUUUAAAGUUACUCGUAAGUUUUUUUUCUACACGAAACAGAUAAUACAAAAUAAAAAAAAAAACCAAAAGCGAACUACGUAUAGUAUAUGUUAUCACACCGAUCUGAAUGUAUGUACGUUAACGCCCCAUGAAAAACGUAUUUUUAUUUGACAGCCGUAAAGAUCUCUGAAAUCGCUCAGAUCCCCCAUUUUUCUGUUCUUUGCCUUUGAGCUUUGUACCUUCUGUUGCCAAUUAAGUCAAGCGCCUUGUCAGAGCUUUUUACCAAUAAAUAUACAUGAUACUAUAUGAAAGACCUAUUGAAUAACCCACGAAGCGAAUCCAAGUCGAGAAUACAGGAGGCUAUAUACAUUUAAAUUUGGAUGCGAUUGUUUGAAAAACUGCUGGUCAUUCGAGCAUAUGAAAUAUGUUUGCAAGGAACUGAACGAAUCGGAAGACUCGAUAACUUUGUUCGGCGGCAGAGUGUAGCUUUUUAUAUAAACUAAACUAAAUUGAUGAAAAAUUAUACACUGAAACUGAAACGGGGGAAAUAAAUCUUAUUUACUGUACUAUAAUUCCAA